GUACUUUAGAUAGACUAUAAUCGUUAAGAAAAGUUGGAAAUUGUACUACGCAAAAAUUUUGUUCUAAAAUGGAAGUGUGCAAUUACAAACAUGAAGAAAUAGACGAAGUGAAACUUUAUAAAGAACUUGGCGGUGUUUUACCGAAAAUUAACACACUUGAUGAUUUAAUUAACCAGCUACAUGCCGCUUUUGAAAGUAACUCCGUUAACAUUGAAUUGAUACACUACAUGAUGCAGUCUUACAAAUCUAAUCCACUUGACUGGAGGAAGUACGCAAAGUUUGAUCGCUACAGGUACACUCGCAAUUUGGUCGAUAUUGGCAAUGGCAAGUAUAACCUAAUGAUACUCUGCUGGGGCGAAGGGCACGGUUCCGCUAUUCACGACCACGCAAAUUCUCAUUGCUUCAUGAAAAUGUUAGAUGGUUCUCUGGAGGAAAUUCGAUUUGCUUGGCCAGAAGGAGAUGGUGAAAAGCUGAAAGAGAUUAGAAGGACUCGAUUGGCUCCUAACGACGUCUGUUAUAUAAAUGACUCUAUGGGAUUACAUAGAAUGGAAAAUCCAUCCCACGUCGACGGCGCUAUAAGUUUACAUUUGUAUUGUCCUCCAUACAGUAAGUGCACAGUUUUUAAUCAGAAUACGGGACAAACCUCAACAGCAACGGUUACGUUUUGGUCAAUGUAUGGCAAAAGAAAAACUAAGAGCGUGGAAGAAAUUUCUGCCCCAGAAGAUAAUUAAUUCAACGCUGGGAAUUUGAACUAAGAGAAUUUUUACCACACAUUUUAAGAAUGCGCGCGUUUGUUGUCGACAGAUUUUUAGUAGCACUAUUAAGCGCCGUUUACAAGGACUGUACACAGUAUCCCUUAAUCGUUAUUUAAUAUUAUAUCCGAAGAGUAAAAUUUCUGUGAAUAUA